GCUCGCGGCAGCCAGCGAGCACCGGCCACCACACCAUCGCCUCCGCUCUGAAAGCACCGGCCACCGCCUCUCUCUGCGAACACAGGCCACCGCGCCACCGCCUCCUCUCUGAGAGCACCAGCCCCAGUCCGCUGCUGCCACCCCUGCUCCACGAUGCCGGAGAUCCCCGCUGCCCGCGGCUGGCUCCUGCUCCUGCUGGCCGUCCAGCUCGGCGCGGCUGCUGGAGCUCCCCAGCCAUGGCACUGUGCGCCCUGCUCCGCUGAGAGGCUUGCACUCUGCCCGCCGGUGCCCUCCUCGUGCCCGGAGCUCGCCCGGCCCGCCGGCUGCGGCUGCUGUCUGAUGUGCGCUCUGCCGCUGGGUGCCGCAUGCGGUGUGGCCACUGCGCGCUGCGCCCGCGGGCUUAGCUGCCGCGCGCUACCCGGCGAGCCGCGGCCCUUGCAUGCCCUUACCCGCGGCCAGGGUGCCUGCACGCCCGACGCCGACGCCGCGCCCAGCGCUGAGGACACAGACUCAAAGGGUCCCUCGGCCCCGGAGAACAUGUCCCCAGAGAGCACAGAGAUAACCCAGGAACAGCUCCUGGACAGCUUCCAUCUCAUGGCCCCGACAGGCGAGGACCUACCCAUUCUCUGGAACGCCGUCAGUAACUACCAGAGCAUGAAGGCUCGGGAGAUCACGGGCGUCAAGAAGCGGAAGGAACCCUGCCAACGCGAACUCUACAAAGUGCUGGACAGAUUAGCCAAGGAGCAGCAGAAGGCAGGAGAUGAGCUUUACAAAUUUUAUCUGCCAAACUGCAACAAGAAUGGAUUCUAUCACAGCAAACAGUGCGAGACAUCCCUGGAGGGAGAGGCAGGGCUCUGCUGGUGUGUCUACCCUUGGAAUGGGAAGAAGAUUCCGGGAUCCUUGGAGAUCAGAGGGGACCCCAACUGUCAUCAGUACUUUAACUUGCAAAACUGAGAAGAGCUGCAUUAUGAUGUCUCCCUUCAAGUGAACUAUUUAAGUAUAUAGUAUAUUUAUACUCUAGAACAAGCACACACUUAUAUAUAUAUGUGUAUGUAUAUAUAUAGGAACUACUUUUUAUAGUCCACAUAUUACUUGACAUAUAAAUCUGUAGUUUAUUUAUUCACUCUAAGUUUAUUUUUUUCUACAGAGUAACUUGUGCUAUAUUAAUUUAUAUAUCAUGGAAUGCUUCUCAUCACGUUGUAUGUAAAUACUUGUAUUUCAGCUCAUCAAAGGUUCUUGCUUCUGUUUUUAAAGAAUAUGGGAAAAUCCUGCCUACAAAAUGCAACAUCAAAUGUGUAGCAUUGGAUGUGUUCAAAUGACUUAACGGAGGACAGUUAAACUGGGCUUAAGGGUGACUCACUCUGCAUCCAUAAGACCUGAGUUUGUUGUACAUUUACAGGGAAAGUUAAACGGUGAUUAUGCAAUCAGGACUAAAUGUGGUGGUGUUGCUACAUGUUCAAAUAGGCAUUGGAUAUAUUGUCAAACACACAGAGCACGAUGUAAACAUAUCGGAAUAAAUAUUCCAGGUGGAAACAGUGCAA